AUGUCAUCAAACAUUUUUGCCUAUAAAUAUAAGAGGGGAAUAGGCAGGGACAGAGAAAUAAAAACACUCCAAACAAAAACGAAGGAAUCUUUAUCAAUGAAAAAAGUAAUAGUUGCUCUGGAUGGUUCAGACCAUUCGAUGUAUGCACUCACAUGGGCGAUGGACAAUAUAAUCGAUGCUCGCUCAGAUAUUAUCAUGCUAUUGGCUGUGGGAAUAUUCAAUCAAGAAUCAUCUCCCCUUGAAUACUAUGCUGCUACGCGCAACAUUUUGGAUAAUGGGCCGACGGAAGCCAUACGAAAAAAGACAGAAGAUAAUGCAAACGAGAUAUUAAAGCGCGGGACGUCCAUUAUAAACGAACGCUAUGCCCAUGAGCAGAAGUAUUUAAACCUCGAAUGCCAUGUCCGACUCAACGAUGAUGCAGGAACGACAAUUACCGAAUUCGCCAAGAAGACAGACGCUGAUGUAAUUGUCUUAGGUCAUCGUGGUACUUCGACGUCCGAUGGAGAUGCUGUUGGAAGUGUUUCACAGUACUGCUUGCAUUCGGCUGCAUGUACUGUUGUCAUCGUUAGGAAGGAGAGCAAAGUAAAAGAAAAGAUGGAGGUGAAGCCAGAAGUCAUAUUAUAA